AUGGCCGAGACACAGUUCAUGCCACCCGUCACCCAGCCACACAGCAGGCUACAUGGAUGUUGGUUUCCUGCCGUCGCUGCUGAUAACUUUCAAGGAUGGAAGCAGAUUGGUGUGAAGGGUAAGCAGGCGAGCAGGAGCUUUGGCGACUUGCAAGCCUUGCGCAUGGUCUGGUCUACAGCUCCUACACCGAAGAAGGUGAAAGGUCCUGUAGAGGUACGGCGUACUCCAGGCAGCUCACCACUUGAGAGGCUCCCUAUGGAGAUCAAAAAUCAAAUCAUCGAUCACCUUGUACUGGACAUCCCACCAGAUGGAUUAGCUAGUCGUAAUGCCGACUUGAUGGCAAUGCUGUUAACCUCAAGAACUCUGCACUCCGCCACAUUAAAUGCAUUGUACAGGAAUAUCACGAUCCCCCAUUCGAGGAUCUUCCGAAAAUUUUUAGCCCACAUUGCUCAAAACCCAGAGCUUGGCACCAUUGUUCGGAGAUUGGACUUCAGCCACUUUAACCCAACUUCUCUUUUCACGACGGCAAGUGAGCGCGCUACUACCCGCAACUUGACGCAUGAGACGUUGCUUCAGUGCCUAGAAUUAACACCAUAUCUUCGCGAAUUCCUGGCUCAGGAAUAUGUCGAUGACGACAUUGACGUUCAUGUCCUUCGGAAGUUAUUCUUCGGUUUGGAGAGAUUGCAAGGACUUGACCUUUGUGCAUGCUCCUCUGCGCCCUUUAAGGCGGCAUUUGAGGCGAUCCUUUCGGACGACUGGCCGGCAGAAUUAUCCAUUACCCGGCUUUCAUUACACCGCUGUAUCAACCUACCGUCAGCUGUAUUCGAGAUGCUGCUGCCACGCCUCACUAAUCUGACACACCUUGAUGUAGCUGGGACCCGCAUCACCGAUGCAGCACUCAUGUCCAUUCCACACACCGCUAGAAUCACGCACCUCAACUUGGCAAAGUGCAGACUGUUAUCGAGCUCGACCCUCAUCGAUUUCCUUACACACCAUCCCGCGGUAAAGAAUCUUGUUUACCUCAGCGUAGCAGCUGACUUUCGAAGCUACGAACUGCUCGACGAAGAAGACGUGGCUCGUUUGCUUCCAGUUCUACCCUCAACCCUGCGAUCGCUUAGUCUUAAAGGCAGCAGGAUGAAUGCUUCGCACAUUAGCCUGCUACGGCCAUUAACAAAGCAUCUCGAGGAGUUGUCACUGGGUCGCCGACUUAAGACGGAAGACAUUAACCGGCUAUUCCUCCCUGACGAGGAGAUGGAGCAGCUAGACUGGAUUCCCCAUACGCUCAAGUAUCUUGACCUGUCGGACUACAUCGCCGGAUCUCUGAAUCUUCCUGCACUUUUCAGCAGCGGUUCUCUCCUAAACCGUCACUCUGCGCCUCUUGAGGUAGUUGAAUUGCCAGAUGAUGCAUACACGCGCCUCUCUCGCUCACAGCCGGUUAUACGACUUGGGUGGACGGCGACAGACUUCGGCAGCCGCGCUUGGCUUGUGAGAAGACCAGAGGGUACCCGAGAUCUUGGCUACCGUGACUGGAAGUUGGGCGCUGCGUUCUGGGGCAUGCGCAAGGUGCCCGUGGCGGUGGCUACUGUUGGUGGCAUGUAUGGGAGUUACAUGUUCAAGCGCCACUUGUAA